AAUACAACAUAUCUAAUUGGACUAUCGAAUAGUAAAUAUGGGGCUGCACUGCAUGGUUAGCUUGAAGAUUUCGGAAACCAGUCAGAUCGCACAACCUUGAAUUCUUAGUCCCCCGCUAUGAAAACAACCUUUUUUUUUUCUUCUUUCCCCGGUCCUCUUUAAAAACUGACGGUACUCCCCCAAUCCGCCUUAUUACUAUCGGUAUUCUUUAGAACCUCUAAACCUCCCUUCUUCCAAUUGAGUCUUCCUCUAAUUCUCCUGCCUCUUCUGGUUGGAACUAUCCACGUUGCCCUUAUGAACGGGCGCUCGUCAGUCUUCACAUCCCAGGAUUAUAUCUCUGACCACUUGUGGCGGGCUCUCUCCGCUUAAAGGAGGCCAUUGAAUAAUAUCUUUAGCUCGAACCUUUAAUUUACCACUUCAGAACAUCAUGUUCUCACGACUAGCCCUGAAGGCUGCGAAGCCUGCGGCAUUCGGUGCUGCUGGCCUCUCGGCACGGGCCCGAUUCCUCUCCACCACCGGCAACUUUGCGGCCCAGGCUAUCCAAGGUAGUACGGGCAGGCAGAUGCCUCAGACCUUAUCCCGGGCUACGAAACCUGCUUCCGGCAUGGAGGCUACACUCACUCUCCGAGAUGGGCCUAUUUUCCACGGAACGGCUUUCGGAGCUAAUUCUAACAUCUCUGGCGAGGCCGUCUUUACGACUUCUCUUGUCGGUUACCCGGAGUCGAUGACCGAUCCCUCGUACCGAGGCCAGAUUCUCGUCUUCACUCAGCCAUUGAUUGGAAACUACGGCGUUCCCUCUAACGAACGUGACCAGUGGAACCUGCUGAGACACUUCGAGUCUCCUCAUAUUCAGUGCGCAGGAAUUGUCGUUGCCGAUUUCGCCGAGAAAUACAGCCACUGGACCGCGGUGGAGAGUUUGGGUGACUGGUGUGCCCGAGAGGGUAUUCCAGCCAUCUCGGGUGUCGAUACUCGUGCCAUCGUCACUCACCUACGAGAGCAGGGUUCUUCCCUCGCCAGGAUCUCUGUUGGCGAUGAAUACGACGCAGACGAAGACGAAAGUUUCGUUGAUCCCGGCCAGAUUAACCUUGUGAAGCGGGUUAGCACCAAGGCCCCCUUUGUUGUGGAGGCCCACAACCCCAAGUAUCAUAUCGCGUUGCUUGACUGUGGUGUUAAGGAGAAUAUCCUCCGGAGCCUGGUGAGCCGUGGGGCUAGCGUAACGGUGUUCCCGUACGAUUUCAAGAUUCAGAAGGUCGCCGACAAUUUUGACGGUGUAUUCAUUUCCAACGGCCCUGGUGAUCCGACCCAUUGCCAAGCUACCGUACACAACCUCAACGUGCUGAUGGAAACCUCCCAAGUGCCCAUUAUGGGUAUCUGCUUGGGCCACCAGCUACUGGCUCUAGCCACUGGAGCCCGAACCAUCAAGCUGAAGUAUGGUAACCGGGCACACAACAUCCCGGCUCUAGAUAUGACAACCGGGCAGUGCCACAUCACCAGCCAGAACCACGGCUAUGCUGUCGAUGCUAGCACGCUGGGUAGCGAAUGGAAGGAGUAUUUCGUUAACCUUAACGACGGUAGUAAUGAAGGUAUGCGCCACGUCUCCCGACCAAUCUUCUCAACCCAAUUCCAUCCCGAGGCCAGGGGUGGCCCUAUGGAUAGCUCCUACCUCUUCGACAAGUACAUUGAAGAUGUGAUGGCCUUCAAGGCGUGCCAGGCUGUCUACAAGGAUAACAGGCCGUCCCAGUUCAUGUUGGACAUUCUAAGCAAGGAACGCGUUGGUGUUCAACCGGAGCCUCUAGCUAGCGCUGCUUAGAGAGCCCGUUUUUGGUAGGGGUAUACAUGGGUAUACAUGAGUAUUUUUUUGAUCUAUUAGGGACCGAUUGGGACAGGAUUGUGUCAUAAGGGAGUUUAUGUAUUUCAAACCAAGAAAAAAAUAAAAUAGCGAAAUGCAUUGUACUUGAUUCAUUCAUAUAUAUUUUUGUCAUGAGUGAGUGUGUAGAAUAGAGUAAUCGAAA